CAAACCCUUAUCCUAUCUGCUCUUCGCACAAUCAGUUUCUCCAUCUCAAAUCGGCAAUGGCUUCCACGCUAUCGGCGGUUUCUCUUCGCUCUCUUCCGUCGCCGGCGGCAUCCGCGCCUUGUCCUUCGGUUUCCGCAGUUUUCUCCAAUCAGUCGGUUCAAUUUCCUCUCAAACGCGCGCCGAAGCUUGUUCGUCGGCGUUCGCUCGCCCUCCGCCCCGUCGCCGCCGUCGAUGCGCCGGAACAGGUUGUCGAAUUAGGCGAUAAAAUAUCUAAUCUAACCCUCGCCGAAGCGCAGAAGCUUGUGGAGUAUCUCCAGGACAAGCUCGGCGUAUCCGCCGCGUCCUUCGCUCCUGCCGCCGCUGUUGCGGCGGCGCCGGCCGCUGCUGAUGCGCCAGCCGCGGUUGAGGAGAAAACUGAGUUCGAUGUAGUCAUCGAGGAUGUUCCGAGCAAUGCGAGAAUCGCUACAAUUAAGGUAAUUAGAGCUCUAACUAACUUACCGCUGAAGGAAGCGAAGGAAAUGAUUGAAGGAUUACCGAAGAAAUGCAAGGAGGCAGUUUCCAAGGAGGAUGCCGAGGAGGCGAAGAAGCAGCUCGAAGCUGCCGGCGCGAAGAUCGCCAUAGCCUAAGAUUGCGAGGUACAAACUAAACUUAAGAGUAAUUUUUGUUUCAAUGAAAACUGAAUCAUCUUUAGAAUCGAUUCUCAAUUUCUUCAUUUAGUGAUGUUGUUGAUGCAGUUUAUUAUGUGAAUUUGUGAUCAAAUUAAACUUUCCAAAUUCCUGCUGUUUUCUGAAAUGUGUUUUUUCCAUUCAAAUA